UCUUCUUCCUUCACAAACCUGUGAUUUCUGAAGAGCUCCACAUAUUGUCUCUGUCUUUGCCAUGGACGUCGUCUCCGGCCUCUGCUCCGCCUACCGGAUCAUCAACGGCGGCAGCAGCAGAAGCUUCGCCGUCUACCUCGUCGCGGCAUCGUCCCUCGCUGUCGCCGCCACCGCCGCCGCCGCCGCCUUCUUCCUGCCCUCUUAUACAUCCGCCUUCUCACGCCGGAACAUCACCCUGUCCUCGCCCACCGUUCACGCCUGGCCUGAUCUGGAGGUGAGCUGGAGGAGCGCUUUGGCCACCGUCAUUGGCUUCCUGGGCUCCGCCUUCGGCACCGUCGGCGGCGUGGGCGGCGGCGGCAUCUUCGUCCCCAUGCUAAACCUCAUCGUCGGCUUCGACACCAAAUCUGCCGCCGCCCUCUCCAAAUGCAUGAUCAUGGGGGCGUCGGCCUCGUCGGUGUGGUAUAAUCUCCGGGUGGCGCACCCUUCCAAGGAAGUCCCCAUCAUCGACUACAACCUCGCCCUUUUGUUCCAGCCCAUGCUUAUGCUGGGCAUCACCAUCGGCGUCGACCUCAGCGUCAUCUUCCCCUACUGGCUCAUCACCGUGCUCAUCAUCAUCCUCUUCAUAGGCACUUCCUCAAGAUCAAUGUUCAGGGGCGUUCAGAUGUGGAAGCAGGAAACUCUCCUCAAGAUGGAGAUGGAGAAGCAAGUAGCGGCUCAGCAAUCGAAUCAAAAACAGGUGGAUGUCGACACCAAAUACGAGCCUCUCCUUCCUCAACCGGAGAAAACCACACUUGAGGUGUUGAUGUUCAACAUAAGGUGGAAGGGGAUCACUGUGUUGAUGCUGGUCUGGUUCACCUUUUUACUCCUCCAGAUUCUUAAGAGCAAGUCGGAAAGCUGCAGCCUUUUCCACUGGGUGGUAACCGUCGGCCAGUUUCCGGUGGCGCUGAUCGUGUUCGGGAAGAAGGCGGCAGAGUUGUGGAGGGAGAGUCGGUUGCGGCGGAUGCGAGGCAACUGGGAGUGCGUCUGCGAAGCCUCCAUCGAGUGGACGCCCGUGCAGUUGCUGUUCUGCGCAUUCUGCGGCCUCCUCGGCGGCACCGUCGGCGGUCUCCUGGGCUCCGGCGGCGGCUUCAUACUCGGCCCCCUCCUCCUCGAAAUCGGCGUCAUCCCUCAAGUUGCUAGCGCCACAGCAACAUUUGUGAUGAUGUUCUCGUCGUCUUUAUCAGUAUUGGAGUUCUACUUCCUCAAGAGAUUCCCCAUCCCUUACGGUAAGGCAGUAAUUGCUCGAAACCUGCAUCAAAACACUCGACAGUUACGAAGAUCUUUGUUCUUCCUGUGGCAUGCAGCUCUCUACCUCAUUGCUGUGUCUGUGUUGGCCGGGUUCUGGGGCCAGUCCUUCGUCAGGAAGAUUGUAAAGAUCCUAAAAAGAGCAUCCAUAAUCGUCUUCAUUCUCUCCGCAGUCAUCUUCGCCAGUGCUCUAACCAUGGGAGUCGUUGGCACACAGAAGUCCAUUUCUAUGAUUAAACACCAUGAAUACAUGGGAUUCCUGAGCUUUUGUCAGAAAUAACUAGUUUUUUUCUCGAGGUAAAGGAGUAAAUUGUCAGUAGAGACGCAGUCAGUGGUGGUUUAUACUUUAUACCUAGUUGAUCAGAUCAUGUCUUGGAUCUAAACCAAUGAAGCUCCCUUAUCUGUUUGAAUUUGUAGAUUUUAUUUUGAUUAGAAAUUCAUCAUUUCA